AUGCGAAGAAACAGUUGGGGAAGCCCCUCCCAGGAUUCCUGGCGCUCUGCCUUCCCCGAAGCCUAUAAAAGCGCAGGUCCCUGCCUCGGCAGCCACGGGACACCUGCAUCUGCCAACAAGACUGGAAGCAGGAACGGACAGAGACAGCAAAGUUUGACGGUCUGGAAAGCAGAAAUCAGUGGGGCUGACUGCUUGGGAGCACCAAGUAUACGGACAGCGCCUCUCGGGGGUUCCAAGGAGAGAACCGCGAUCUGUUUCAGCACCGGGGCUCAGGACAGUUCCCAGAGGGCUCCGUUUCGGCGCCGGAACCCUGGACAACUCCCCCAGGAGAACCGGGAAUGGAAAACAGGGAGGCAGCACAGAGGCAGGAAGCCCAGGUGUCACAGCUUGGCUCAGCUUGGAAUGUACUCCCCCCACCUCCACCCAGAGCUCCCCACAACUGACCCUGCCUUCUUCUGCAAGCUCCGUUUCAUCAAAGGAAAUGAUCCUUAUUGCCUCACCAUUGCCCACGUGAAGUCUGUAUUGACAUUCUCAUAGACCUAGGAUAUUGUAUCUGCAGCACAUAGUCCAGUUAUUUUCAUGUUAUCUACUGACAGGUCUAUUUGUCUCCCUGUUACACUGUGAUCUCCGUGAGGACAGAAACAAAGUUUGUAUUUUCACUGCUGUGUCCCCAGUGCCUGGUCCAGGGCCCAGCACACAGCAGGCGUACAAUAAGCAUGUGUUGAAUCAAUAAAGGCAUCAAAGAAUAAA